AUGGCCCAUAAGAUGAGUUCUCUGAUCCAUUCCCGGGUUGAGUUUACGAACAUCAAGUGCAAAUCGGUGGAUAAUAAAUUCGGGGAGGUUGAUUACUGCUAUCUGAAGUCGGUGAAUCGAACCUAUAAAUAUAUGUCCGCGAAAUAUAAGCUUUAUCAACUUCCGGUUAAGGCUCUGGAAGUCAAUUUUAUGCUGAUGAAGAGAUUCAACGGAUACAAGCCUUUCCUCUACAACAUUACCCUCAAUGCCUGUAAAUUUUUUGUCAAUCCCAAGUACAGUCCUGUGACGAAAUUCUUUUAUGAAUCGGUUGUGACCUUCACCAACAUGAACCACUCAUGUCCCUACAAUCAUGACAUUAUUUUGGAUAAGGUUCCUAUUGAAUUCAUCAAUCACCGAUUUACAAAGAUUCUGCCCUUUCCUGAGGGCGACUAUCUCAUUGAGGCCUACUGGUCUAGCUCGGGAUCUCCUGUUGCUGAGGGCAAAAUUCAUUCCCGGGUUGAGUUUACGAACAUCAAGUGCAAAUCGGUGGAUAAGAAAUUCGGGGAUGUUGAUUACUGCUAUCUGAAGUCGUUUAAUCGAACCUAUAAAUAUUUGUCCGCGAAAUUUAAGCUUUACCAACUUCCGGUUAAGGCUAUAGAAGUAAAUCUUGUGCUGAUGAAGAGAUUCAACGGAUACAAGCCUUUCCUCUACAACAUUACCGUCAAUGCCUGUAAAUUUUUUGUCAAUCCCAAGUACAGUCCUGUGACGAAAUUCUUUUAUGAAUCGGUUGUGACCUUCACCAACAUGAACCACUCAUGUCCCUACAAUAAUGACAUUAUUGUGGAUAAGGUUCCUAUUGAAUUUAUCAAUCACCGACUUACACAGAUUCUGCCCUUUCCUGAGGGCGACUAUCUCGUUGAGGCCUACUGGUCUAGCUCGGGAUCUCGUUUUGCUGAGGGCAAAAUCCAUUCCCGGGUUGAGUUUACGAACAUCAAGUGCAAAUCGGUGGAUAAUAAAUUCGGGGAGGUUGAUUACUGCUAUCUGAAGUCGGUGAAUCGAACCUAUAAAUAUAUGUCCGCGAAAUAUAAGCUUUAUCAACUUCCGGUUAAGGCUCUGGAAGUCAAUUUUAUGCUGAUGAAGAGAUUCAACGGAUACAAGCCUUUCCUCUACAACAUUACCGUCAAUGCCUGUAAAUUUUUUGUCAAUCGCAAUUACAGUCCUGUGACGAAAUUCUUUUAUGAAUCGGCUGUGACCUUCACCAACAUGAACCACUCAUGUCCCUACAAUCAUGACAUUAUUUUGGAUAAGGUUCCUAUUGAAUUCAUCAAUCACCGACUUACAAAGAUUCUGCCCUUUCCUGAGGGCGACUAUCUCAUUGAGGCCUACUGGUCUAGCUCGGGAUCACCUUUUGCUGAGAGCAAACUAUAUUUCACCCUUUCUUAA